AUGCUUCGCUACGUCGCGGGAUCGGCUGUCUUUCUGACUGUCAUGCAGUUUGCAGGCACAGUGGCGCAUCCGCUGGCCGAGCCGCAGCAGCUCAAAGACAGCCAUCCCAACCUCCUAUCGUCCACGCCCGUGAUCCUCACGCCUACGGCCACUCCUACGAUACCAACCGUCAUUUCUACACCUUCAGUGCUGUCCAUCGGCGCUACUGCUUCCCCCGUACUGCAGUCUAUUGCUCCACCUUCCGAGCCUCAGCCAACCGGCAUUGUCCACACCUCGCUCGAGCCUUACCCCCAAGUUACCAUUGGAAAUCCGUGGAAUCGACUUCAACCUACUGCCGCUCCCAACAUUGACGCUUGCAAUUCCAACUACAGUUCGCCUCUGGCCCCUGCAUAUAAGCCAGACCUCAAUUCCUACCCUUACGCGCCGGCCAAGAUGGUGUCUUCUAAUUUGUUCGUUGCCGUUCCGGGGGAUUCCUCGAUUCCUCAGCAAAUCACACUCCGCGAGCCCCAUCCCCAGGGCUUCGCUGGAAUCCAAAGUGCUGGCACUACCCCCAUCCAGACCAACAAGUUCUACGGCAACAUGUUUCUUGGUCAGCGCAAUCAGAGCGUCUGGACCCAUCCGUAUUCCGUCUCGCAGGCCAUUGGGCAGGUACCAGCCUACAGCUAUGGUCUCGCAGUCUCACACAUCGACCGCUCGCAGUUUGCAUUUGGCGCCGACACGCCACAAGGGAGCAAGCGCUACUUCAUCUCGCCCAUCGGCAUUCAGUCACUGAUCCUCUCUGCCACGGAGCUUGGCCCCGAGACCAAUCUGACUCUCGACGCUCUGCAGGACAUGUCUGUCAACGUCAAUCUUGCUCCGAGGACAGGGGCUGCGCCUAUCGUCACGUUUCCGCUCGUUCAGGGCAUGGGUUUCGUCACCGGCAUCUACAAGAACGCGCAGCCGAGCAUCGCCUCUGGCGUUUUCUACCGGAACGUUAGCGGCCCCUUCCAAGUGGGAAACAGCUACAAGUACAGUAUACUUCUCAAUGAUGGCAAGAACUGGGUCCUCUAUGCCACCCCUGACAGUGGCAAUGGUGCCCCAGUCCUCUCUCUGGACACCAACACCACACUCACUGGACCACAGGGCUGGAGUGGCGUCAUCCAGGUGGCCAAGAACCCUGGCGGUGCAAAUGGCGAAGCCAUUCUCGACAACUCUGCGGGUGUUUAUCCUGUUUCGGUCGACGUCUUUGGCAGUGCUAGCGGGACAACUGCUCAGUACGGAUUCACUUUUGGCAAGGCGGGCAAUGUCGCAAAGACCUUGUUCAUGUAUGCAUUGCCGCACCACACGCAGAGUUUCAACAGCAUCACUGCUGCGUACAAGACACCACUUGCACUGAACACAACGACCAAAGGAAUCGCAACUGGCGUCACUGCGGACAGCUGGACCAUGAUUGAAGAGAACAUCCCAAUCGACAUGAGCUUCGGUCCGUGGGCGCUUGGCAAAGGCAGUGUUGCUUCGAUCAACUCGGCUACCAUCCGGUGUGCGGUUGCCACGGCUGCUGAGACGGAGCUGCAGCAAGACAUGGCCGCGCAGACGAACGUCGAUUCCAUGUACUUCAGUGGCAAGGGAUUGGCCAAGUUUGCGACAAUUGUCUACGCUGCCCGUGAUCUCGCCGGUGACUCGGCCGUCGCCAGCCAGGGGCUUGAGAAGCUGAAGUCGGCAUUUGAAGUGUUUGUCAACAACCAGCAGAAACAUCCGCUCGUGUACGACAAUUCUUGGAAGGGUGUCGUUUCCAGUGCCGGGUACACUGACCCGAAUGUUGAUUUCGGCAACACGUACUACAACGAUCAUCACUUCCACUACGGGUACCAUGUUUACUCGGCUGCGGUCAUUGGAUAUUUGGAUCCCUCCUGGCUCACAGAGAGGCGUGUCAACUACGUCAACAUGUUGGUGAGAGACUUCGCCAACCCGAUCCGGGGUAGCCGUUUCCCGUUCAGCCGUUCUUUCGAUUGGUUCCAUGGGCACAGUUGGGCAAAGGGUCUCUUUGAGUCGGCGGACGGCAAGGAUCAGGAAUCGACCUCGGAGGACUCGUUCGCAUCGUACGGCUUGAAGUUGUGGGGAAAGGUUAUUGGAGAUGCAAACAUGGAAGCACGAGGUGACCUCAUGCUGGCCAUUCAGAGUCGAACGUUCAACAACUACUUCAUGAUGCAGAGCACGAACGCAGUCCAACCACCGGAAAUCAUCGGCAACAAGGUGACGGGGAUUCUAUUUGAGAACAAAAUCGACUGGGCUACGUACUUUAGCGAUGCCUGGUGGUGCAAGCAGGGCAUCCACAUGAUUCCUGUGCACGUUCCGUCGGCAUACAUUCGCAAGCCGUCAUUUGUGAAGGAGGAAUUCAACACGUUCAUGAGCAACGGUCGCAUCGCACAGGCAGAGGGCGGUUGGAGAGGGCUGCUGGAGUCCAACUUGGCACUCAUCGACCCGGCAGGGACGUACGAUUUCUUCGCGGACCCGAACUUCGACACGGGACUUCUAGACGGCGGAGCGAGUCUGACGUGGUACCUGGCUUACACGGCAGCGCUCGCGGGGUUGUGA